UCUCAGGUGUCUCGUCUGGAGCAGACCUGGACCGCGUUACGCCAGCGACACACAGAGGGCGCCAUUCUCUACGAGAAGACUCUGAGGCCAUUUAUGAAGAGCUUGAACGACGGGAGAGAGAGCUGCCCGCUGUCCAGCACCACCUUCCCGCAUGUCCUCCCCCUCCUGUCUCUGCUGGAGAAGAACGUGGCGGUCAGCGAGGGGGUGGAGCCGUGGGAGACGGUGGAAGCCGGUGUGGACGUGGUCAUGUUCCACCUGGGGGCGGCGAGGACCAUCGCACAGCUGGGGGGCAUCUACCGCUCCAACGCUGAGAGCAAACUGCAAGGUUUCCAGGAGCAGGCCGAGGUCUUCGAGCUGUUCCUCACCGACUUCCAGAUGAGGCUGCUGUGGGGGAGCAGGGGAGCGCAGGAGGUCCAGACCCUCCGAUACUCAAAGUUCAACCAGGUGCUGACGGCCUUGUCCAACAAGCUGGAGCCGCCCGUCAGACCUCGCUGA